UGCUGAUCGCACCUCGCCGCAAUCUUCGCUGUGUGCAAUAUCGCAGACAUCUCGAACAAAAAGUACCACAUCGUCUUUCGGCCUCAUAACUCCCUCAGCCCAAAGCGCGUCGGAAAUGAUAGCCUGGACACCGGGCGAAAUGGCAGCACCGCCACAGGGACAUUGUCCCUGAUGUGCUUGCUUGCAUGAGGAGGGGCAUGAUAAUGUGGCGCCCAAUGGUCAUAGUCCAGCCUGCCAGCAACAUCCUUGGAGUUGUCAGAGAUCGAGAUGCAAUGGUCCAAAGACGCUCUUGUCCUGCGUCAUCGGGGUCCUUGAUCACGCAGAUCCUGUGGCUGCUGACGAUGUUUGUGAUUGGCCGACUGCGAUGAUCUACCACGAGAACUUCUCCUUCGAUACCCAAACCUGUUUUCAUCUAUCUCUCUUGACCUCUUUACGGAAACCCAAAAGACCCAUGGUCCUUGCCGUGCGGAGUUAUGGCCUUCACAAGAUGACGUCGCUGGUCGUUUGAGGAAAGAAGCAGGUAAAUCACACAUUCCACGAGGUGUUGAUAAACGUUCAUGUUGGCUCUAUUUCCUUUUUGUUCCACUCCCACUCCACACUAUCUCAGACAUACCACACUCGCGAUAUCAAGUACCACAAAUACCAACUAAACAAAAACAAACAUCAAAAUGGUUCUAGGAAUAAAAACCAAGCGCCAUCCAGGUGGAACAACAGUGACCACCACCACAACGACCACCCACCAUCCGCCAGAAGCAAAUGGUCGCGGUGCGCCUGCAGUCCGCACCAAGCCCACCCUCAAGCAGCGCUUGAUGGGGGGAAGGCGGACCAGAGCCAAUACCGCCACACCCACACGAAGACGUCGGGUCGGCUUGCGUCGCAAGCCCGCGACAGCUACCACCACUCCCCGUCGCAAGACCAGCGUCAGCGACAAAAUUUCUGGCGCAAUGCUAAAGUUGAAAGGAACUCUGACGCGUAGGCCAGGGCAAAAGGCCGCGGGGACGAGACGAAUGCAUGGGACAGAUGGGAGGGGAGCCCAUCGAUAUUACUGAUGACCCUGAUCAGCAAGGGCAGCAGGAGAGGCAGAGGCCCCCAUUCAAGCCUACACUGCUGGGCAGGAUCUGGUCUGAAUCCUUCCUGUCCGUUUGGAGGAGCAGAGAGAGGUUGACAAACUUAACCCCGUUCUUUAGUGCGGGCACCACGCGACCUGGGACAGAUGGAAGCAUACUGCCACGCGGGGCUUCAUGGUGAUUCAGCGUCGGACAGCUUCAAAUGUAUGAGUAUGACGAGAUUUGAGAUACCACAUCCUAGCAAGAACUGUAAUUUUAUUGAUC